GCACCAGGGAGGGAGGGAGAGAGAGAGAGAGGAGAAGGAUACAUAGUACGGCUUCUACGCCCACAACCUCUUUCAUCUCCUACAACUCCAUCGACCCGGAGACGAGAGGAGGGAGAGAGAGAGGAAGAAGAAGAGGAGGGGAAAAGAUGAGGAAGACUUAGGAGGGAGAGAGCGAGAGAAGAACAGAGAGGUGGAGAAGUGCCCUGUGAGAUUGGAGAAAUCCAUUAUUCCCACUACAAAAUAACUAUUACCCUCCUAUAGUUGGACAGGUACAUACAAACAAAACAAAUAACCCAAAUAUAAAGCCAAAGUCCAGAUCUUCAUUAUCUCCAUCCAGUAGUCCUACUACCGCUGCUACUGUUCUCAAAGCCUAUAUCAUAAUAGCGAGAGAGAGAGAGAGAGAGAGAGAGAGAGGAAGAAGAAGGUGGUGGGAGUUGGAGUUUGGGGGCUAGAGGGCUUUUGUAUGUGGUGGAGAGGUAUUAGAUGAGGGGGAUGCCCUUUAGUCUCCAAGAGGAGGGGGCCUUGGAAGUCUUAGUAGGAGGGGAAGAGAAAAAGAGCCUCUUUUGGGGCAGCGGCGGCGGUUGUGGGAACAAUAAGAGGCGGAAGGGACAGCCGGAGGGGUCGGAGCCUCGGUCGGUGCUGGAUAAUAGAAGGAGUCCUAGCCCCCCAACGUCCACCUCCACCCUGUCUUCCUCCCUGGGCGGCGGCGGCGCUUCCUCCGACACCGCCGGCGUGGCGGCGGUCUCCGACAAUCCCGGCACCCGCAAAUGGCCCCCCGCCGCCGCGUCGGGCUCCGCCGCCAUCCCCUCGGCGGAGGAGGCCAGGAAGGAGGAGUGGGCGGCCGAGCUCCAGCCCAUCCCGGCCGCCGCCAUGGAGAGCGGUGGCGGGAAGUGCGGCGGUGUCGGCCUUGGCGCGGUGGAGGACUGGGAGGCGAUGUUCUCCGAGUCUGCCGCGUCCCCUGGCCAAGAGCCGAACUUCCUCCGCUGGAUCAUGAGCGACAUCGACGACGCCGCCGGACUCAAGCACCACCUGAUCCCUCCGCCGGAGCUCGACUGCGGCAGCAGCUCCGCCGGAACUUUCGGCCUUGUCGAUCCGGGCUUCGGCCUUGACCCCAUUGGCGGUCUUGGUGGAGGAGCAGUGGCCUCGAUCUCCUCCUCCAAUCCGUCUCCAUUCGCCUCCUCUGCUACAUCCGCCGGUGGAUUCGGCCUCAUUAGCUGCAGCAGCGGCAGCGUCAAAGUUCCCACCUUUGGGGUCGGGAACACGCCAAACACCGCUGCUGUCUUCCCUCCGGUGCCGGCGAACAGCCUCCCGCUGCCGCUUUCCCUGCCGCCCGGCGUCUUCCACCAGGAUCCCGUGGAGGAGAAGCCGCUCCUCUUCGGCCCGAGCCUUCUUCUCAGCCAGCACCAGCAAGCUCAGGCGCCGCAAAACCCGGCCUUCUUCCUUCCCCUCCCCCACUUCGACGCCCAGCCGCCGGUCCACCUCCUCCCGCCUCAGACCAAGCGCCACCACCCACUAUCAGUCGACCAGAUGGCCCCAAAGUCCCCCUUCGCCUCCUCCCCUGGCCCCGAGUUCUUCCUCCGCCGCGGCCAACCCCAGCCGCAGCCCUUCCCGCCGCUAAAUGUCGCUCCUUUCCACCUUCCGCAGCGCUCGAAGGUGGCCUCCGGCGGAGAGGCAGCGGCGACCGCAGCCGCCGCCGCGCAGCAGCAACACCAGCAGCAGCACCAGCAGCAGCAGGCAUUGGUCGAGCAGCUCUUGAAGGUGGCGGAGCUCGUCGAGGCCGGGAACACCGUUAGCGCCCGUGGGAUAUUGGCGCGGCUCAAUCAGCAGCUCCCCUCCCCCGUGGGGAAGCCCCUCCUUCGCUCUGCCUUCUACUUCAAGGAGGCUCUUCACCUCCUCACGUCCCCCGCUGCCCCCAACCACCCUCCGUCCCCUCUCGCCACCCCUUUCGACGUCGUCCUCAAGCUCGGCACGGUCAAGGCCUUCUCCGACGUCUCACCCGUUCUCCAGUUCACCAACUUCACCUCCGUCCAGGCCCUCCUUGAGGAGCUCGAAGCCGCCCCCCGCAUCCACGUCGUCGACUUCGACAUCGGCGUCGGCGGACAGUGGUCCGCCUUCAUGCAGGAGCUCGCCCAGCGCCGCUGCACCGCCGCGGGCGCCGCCUCCCCUUCCUUAAAGAUCACAGCUUUCGCCUCCCCCUGCUCCCACCACCCCCUCGAGCUCCACCUCACCCGCGAGAACCUUGCCCACUUCGCCGCCGACCUUAACAUCCCCUUCGAAUUCAAUCUCCUCAGCCUCGACCCCUUCGACCCCUCCCUCCUCCUCAGCCUAUCCUCCGCCAGCGCCGAUGAAGCCAUUGCCGUCAACAUCCCCGUCGGCUCCGCCGUCCACCCGCCCGUCCCCACCCUUCUCCGCCUCGUCAAGCAACUCUCCCCAAAGAUCGUAAUUUCCGUCGAUCACGGCGGCGACCGCAGUGACCUGCCUUUCCCCCAGCACUUCUGGCAUGCUUUCCAGUCGUACACUGUCCUCCUCGACUCCAUCGACGCAGCGGGCACCAACCUGGAGUCGGCCAACAAGAUUGAGCGCUUCUUGGUGCAGCCGAGGAUCGAGAACGCCGUGCUGGGCCGCCACCGGAAUGCCGACAAGCUGCUCCCCUGGCGGACACUCUUUCCCUCGGCCGGCUUCGUGCCGGUGCAGUUCAGCAACUUCGCGGAGACGCAAGCCGAGUGCCUCCUGAAGAGGGUGCAGGUGAGGGGAUUCCAUGUGGAGAAGCGCCAGGCGUCGCUGUCCCUCUGCUGGCAGCGCAUGGAGCUCGUCUCGGUGUCGGCUUGGAGGUGCUGAAGGAGCUCCCUUAUCACAGGCAUGUUAUUAAACUCAAGUUAGUCUCACUAUCUCAGGCCUUAGACCAAUUGCAAAUUGUGGAUGUUCAAUGGUGGCAACUUGUUUUGUUGUCGAAUAUGACAUUAUCUUUCCAGUAGUUGCUCUCCACUUGCUUGUCAUGUUGUUUCAGAUACAAUUUAACAAACUGGGAAGUCCGUAUAGUUCUAGUUUCGCCUUCUUGUGAUCGUUUUGGACAUUGGUAGUAAUGUUUAUUAUGUUCUCUUGACGUUAUCUAAGAAGCA